GAACAGUUUACACAGGCGCACUCAAGCAGCCUCCAUGACAGCUAACAGUUGACAACAACAGCAAGUCGAUGUUGGCCUCUCUGUCCACCAUGAUGUCGCAUGGCUUCAAGAGCAGUAAGCAGGACUUCACCUUUGGACCAUGGAAAGUGACUGCUGCCAGAAACCACAUCAUGAAAUCCAAAGACAUUGAACGGUUAGCUGAGGAGAUGAACAUGCCUUCUCUUCCAGAGAUGCUGUUUGGAGACAACCUCCUGCGCAUCCAACACACAGACGGCUACGGCAUCGAGUUCAACGCCAUCGAUGCCCUAAAGAGAGUCAACAACAUGGAGGAUGCUGUGAAGGUGGCGUGUGCUCAGGAGUGGCUGGAGAGCAGAGCUGACUCUGAACACUCCAAAGAGGUGGUGAGACCUUAUGACUGGACCUACACCACAGACUACAGGGGCACUCUUAUAGGAGAGAGCAUGCAGAUGAAGGUGACAAAGACAGCAGAACGUAUCGACAUGGAGAAGCUGAAGGCGAGGGAGCAGAUCAUGUUCUUUGAUGAGGUGCUGCUGUUCGAGGACGAGCUGCAUGACCACGGCGUCUCAAUGAUCAGCGUCAAAAUUAGGGUGAUGCCCACCAGCUUCUUCUUGUUGCUGCGUUUCUUCCUCCGAGUGGACGGAGUGCUGAUUAGAAUAAACGACACACGUCUGUAUCAUGAGGCUGGAAAGAAUUACAUGCUGCGAGAAUUCAGCACGAGGGAAAGCAAGAUAGCAGAACUGAAGAACGUCCCUGCUGCUCUGUACACGGAUCCCAAUGAGAUCGCCCAGCACUUAACCCUGAAGCUUACAGAGUGUGAGAAGCUGGAGCUUCCUGAGAUGCAGCCUCACACAGCUGCUGACGACAGCCGCCAGUGACCAGUUUAUAAUCACAGCUCUACGUUGAUGUCCUGCAUGAUCAAACAUGGGAAAAGUCAUCUGGAACCACAUCCAUAACUGUACAGUAACAUAACAACCAUCGAUCUGUCCCUCAGAUAUCUGCACGCGGAUAGU